GACGCUGUAAAACACGAAGGCCUCUGCUAAUCACGUGGAGAAGGAGACGCUGCAGCCCAGGCAACUGGUCACCUGACCGGAAAAGAAACAGCCGCCCUGCAGGUCCGCUCGUUCAGCAUGUAACAGGUCGCUAUCCGGGUGUGCUGGCUGCUUCCUGCUGAGAGACUGAGCACAGACCUGUAGCUGACUGCAGCUGGUGGGGAAGAUGAAGGUGGUGAAAUCUAGAAGUACAGCUCCUGAUGAACAGGAAGUAUGCCAUGAUGGGGCCUGCAGCCUGGCAGUGUUCUCCUGCGUGUUUGCAGUGUACAUUAAAACUUUACACCCAUCAGUCCCUGGAGGGGAUUCAGGGGAGCUCAUCACAGCCGCGUAUGAGCUUGGAGUUGCUCAUCCUCCUGGAUACCCCCUGUUCACUCUACUGGCUAAACUAGCCAUAACUGUGCUACCAGUGGGCUCUGUAGCUUACCGUGUCAAUCUUCUGUGUGGGCUUUUUGGAGCAGUUGCUGCCUCUCUGUUGUUUACUACAACAUCCAGGCUUUCUGGCUCAUAUGCUGCAGGAAUCCUUGCUGCAGGGUUGUAUUCAUUUUCACGGCUAACAUGGCAGUGGUCCAUUGCAGCAGAGGUUUUCAGCCUAAACAAUCUGUUUGUGGCGAUUCUCAUGGCUCUCACAGUGGAGUUUGGGAAGGCAAAAACCGCAAGCGAGAGAUCAAAGAUUUCCUUAUAUGGUGCAUUUUUCUGUGGACUGAGUCUAUGCAACCAGCAUACUAUAGUGCUGUAUAUUCUAUGUAUCGUAUUGUGGGUUCUCCUACACCAGUCAAGGAACAAGGAAUUGUCCUCGAGUUAUUUGCUGAAGUCAGGAGCAUGCUUUGCCACAGGGCUCUUGCCGUAUUCAUACCUAAUUAUUUCUUCAUACUUGAAUCACGCACGGUGGACUUGGGGAGACCAGACGACCUUUCAAGGGUUUUUGACUCAUUUACUUCGAGAGGAGUACGGGACGUUCAGUCUGGCUAAAUCAGAAAUGGGAUCCGGCAUGAAAGACAUUCUGCUGUUUCAGAUCAAUCACAUGUGGGCAGAAGUCACUCCCCUGGCUCCAGGUUUAGCCCUUUUGGCAGUGAUACUGUGUUGUAAGAAGCGGGGAUCAAAUGUUUCCACAGUUUGUCUGUAUACCACAAUGCUGCUGUUCUAUUCCUUAUUUUUCGCAUGGAGAGCAAAUUUAGAUAUCCAUAAACCUCUCUUCCUCGGUGUGGUGGAAAGAUUUUGGAUGCAAAGCAAUAUUGUGAUUUGUGUUCUAGCGGGGCUUGGCCUGGCUUCAUUGAUCCGCAGUGUCUCCGCAGAAAGAGCCAAUAAAGAUUUACUACUGUACAUAGAAUGGAUUUUUACUGUUGUGGUCAUUAUUCGUCAUAUAAGUUCUAACUACAGCAUUUGUGACCAAAGCAGCAAUUAUGUGGUAGAUACAUUUGCAAGGAAUAUUUUGUUGUCAAUGCCUGAAAACGCUGUAAUCUUGCUGAGAGGUGACCUGCCUGGCAACUCCCUGCGUUAUCUUCACUAUUGUGAGGGAUUUCGUCCUGAUGUAUCCUUAGUGGAUCAAGAGAUGAUGACAUAUGAAUGGUAUUUACCAAAGACCGCAAAGCACUUGGGAAGCAUCAGUUUUCCAGGGAACCGAUGGAAUCCGCUACAAACAAAACUUCCGGAUGGGACAGUCACAUUUAACCUUCAGCAUUUUCUCAAAGUCAACGAACAAAAAGAAACAUUUGUGUGCAUAGGACUGAAUGAGGGAGAUCCGACCUGGAAGAAAAGCCAUUCUCUGUGGCCAUGGGGGGCAUGUGAGAAACUUGUCCCUAAAAAUACGAUUUUCAACGCAGAGGAAUGGAUUACUCUUACCAGCAAUCUGUAUAACUGGACAGAGGAGUAUGGGAAGUUUGAGCGUUCCUCCUGGGAAGCGAUUGCUAAUGAGGAGAUGUGGGAAGCAAGAGUAAAAACGUCUUUCUUUAUCUUCGAUCUGGCCGAGUCCACUCAUUUGUCCACAGCAGUGAGAAAUCAACUGUACUUGUAUUCUCACAAGUUGUAUAAAGAGGUCAUUAGCCAACAAGAUAAUCACCCUGUCAACUGGCACAAAAACUAUGCCAUUGCCUGUGAGCGAAUGCUGCGUCAACAAAGACCGGAUAUUGAUCCACAAAUGCUUCUAAAUGAUGCCAUCAAACACUUUUCUGCCUAUGUCAGCAAAGCAAAGGAUGAUAGUCAGAGAGAAGCAAUACUGCAUGCAGUACACUACUUCAAAGGUGAAGCCCUGCGACUUAAGAAAACAAAGGAGCAUUUGCAAGGAAAUUCAUGACAUCUCAUCAUGGUAUGGUUUGGAAUCCAAUGCACAGAAAUAGCAAAGUGCACCUACUACUACACCAUGUGUAGGCAGCCAUUUUGAAGACUAAACCAGUAUUAUCGAUAGUUCUGUCUGUCAAUUCAUUAGGAGCGAUUGACAAUCUGGAGAUAUAAAUGAGGCAGCAGUUUUAUAAGCCGAACUGAUAUGUACAUGAAAAUGCAGCAAAUCUGUUCACUAAAAGCCAGUGGUAGCACACCUUGUGAGCUGUAGCAAAGAGGAAGCAUUCUGUGUAUAGAAUCCACCGUGUAUACAUGACAUGUUCCCUUUAAUAAUAACCUCAGAACCCCAUGGUGAGUAAGGCUUUCUGCCUUUACCGUGGCUGCCGGGAGCGCAUUAACCCAUAGCUCUGGGCUCUAAACCCUUAGGUUAACAAAUAAGGGAAUGAGCUUAUAAUUGAAUAGCUAAGGACAUUAAAGAACGAGGCUAUCUGCCCACAGGAAGCCCUGCGGCUACUCAAAUCUGCCUCAUAAACUGUGAUACUGUACUUGGAUAUAUUGUUCUGGCAAAUGACUUAGUCUUUGAGUGGACCUGCUAUCUCUAUAUAAAAGCAUUCUGGUGUUUUACAAUAUCUUGUAACAACUUCUCUUACUAUGCUAAAAACAGAAAUGGUUGUCAAUUAUCUUUUCCUUCAUCUCCACAAAGUGAUGGGUAACCUCCUCUAUUUUUAAUAUAUUAGAAUAUCUGAUGAAUCUGCAUGCUAGGAAGAAGACAGACCAAGGAGUAUAUUCAAUAAGAGUCUGGUCCAUUCCGACAUGCAGUUGUCGGAAUGGACCCGACAGCCCCUUUUCAAAAGAGCGGCCAAAUCCGACUGUCUGAUUUGGCCGCUCCCGGUGUCCUGUCCUGCUGCUGCUGCUGCUGUCAGCAGCGGGGGAAGCUGUCAGCGGCGUCGGGGGAAGGGAGCUUUCUGCAGCGCGGGGGGAAGGGAGCUGUCUGCGGCACCGGGAGGAGGUGAUGUCU